GCCUCCCGGUUGUCACCUUUGUCGCUCGGUGCUGAUGUGUCUGCUGUCCGGUUUGAAGGAAGCCCUGGUGUUGAAGCUACAGGCCUAGGACGGCGAGGCAGAGGCAGGGCCUACACUUUUCCGGCGGUGAUGGGCCGCCGAGGUGCCGCGGAGUUGUAUCGCGCGCCUUUCCCGCUCUACACGGUCAGUGUCCCGCGGGCCGACCUGGUGGUGACCGCGGGCGGAGGAGGUGCCUCUAAAACCGGCAUCAGCAAUGGAGUGCAUUUCCUGCGAUUGGAGCGUGUCACUGGCAGCUUGUCGGCAAUGCUUCUCCAUUCCCAUGACACGGAGACCCGAGCCCCCAUGAACAUGGCUGUGGCUGGAGAUAUUCUGGCAAUUGGACAAGACUCCACUUGUCACAUCCUCCGAAUCCAUGAAGAGAAACAGAAACCUGUUGAGCAAAAAAACAGCAAAAAAGAGGAAACAGUGAAGAAGAUGGAAACAAAGAAGCGAAGGCAAGCCACUAAAACGUUGUCUAAUGCAAGUGGGGACAUGCGGAAUGAGAGCUCAGAGAUUGUGGUGGAACCACUUCAUGUUGUUCACACUGACUUCAGUUCAGAUGCCCUUCAGAAAAGUGUUCGUUUUAACCAGGAGCACUCCAUUCUUGUAACCGGUGGUGUGGAUGGAUGUAUUCGGCUGUGGGAGUUCCCAAGUAUGAAGAAACGUUUUGACUUCCAAGCUCAUGAAGGAGAGAUUGAAGAUUUGGACAUUAGUCCUGACAAUAAGAUAGUGACUGUGGGACGAGACUUCAAGUGUUGUGUUUGGAAAAAUGACCAGUUAGUGACAGAACUAUGCUGGAAUGAAAACAUGCCUCAGAUUACAGACAAGAUGUAUCGAUACCAAGCAUGCAGGUUUGGGAAGGUUGAGGAUAAUCAGGAAGCUCUCCGUCUCUACACUGUGCAGAUCCCACAUAAGCGAGAGCGGAAACCCCUUCAGUGCUACAUCAGCAAGUGGGAUGGGAAUAAUUUCCUGCCGCUUCUCACUCGGCCCUGUGGCAAUGAGGUGAUCUCUGCAAUGACAGUCAGUGAUUUGGGAACAUUUAUAGGACUUGGGACUGUGACUGGCUCUGUAGCUAUCUACAUUGCCUUCUCUCUCCAGCAAGUUUACUACAUGAGAGAAACACAUGGGAUUGUGGUGACUGACUUGGCCUUCCUACCUGAUGUCCGUCAAGCCAGGGAGAUGACUGGAGAGAGUGAGGCUGCAUUGUUGAGUGUGGCUGUAGACAGCCGAUGUAAAUUGCAUCUGGUUCCCAGCAGGCAACUGUUCCCUGUCUGGGUGGUGAUGCUGCUGUGCGGACUGAUCAUUGUGCUCACAAUUGUCCUUUUGCAGCACCUGUUUCCUGGACUUUUGUAAUCUUCUCCCUCACGAAGAUGCUGCUUCAGUUAACAUGAUCCUAGUAGAACUGGACUGAAAUGAACAGCCAUGUUGUGGGCUUGUCAACACUCCUUGUGUAAAAUGAAAUGUUUGUGAGAUUGUGCAGGGAUAUGUUUCACACUAUGCACAAGGACCUUCUAUUCACAAUAGCUCCUCAGGCAGUGAAUUCCAGAUACCAGUAACUACAUUUCCUCUGAUUUUGUGCAUCUGUCCAUCAGUUAAUCCCUCCCUAAUCAUUUCUGUAUAUUUCUCUCAAUCUCAUUAAAUCAGUCCUAGAUUUUGGA